CAUCAGGCCAGCGCCGUGCGAGCGCACCCGACCCUGCCGGCCGUGCCGUGCCGAUCCCUGACAGCCCAUCCGCCUCAGCCUGCACUGCAGCCCCCUUUCUAUCUAUAACUACCCGCCGGGGCCUCGCGAGUUGGACACUACUAGUACACUGCCAAACGUACAGCAGCGCGGAGCAGGAGAGAGCCUCAACAGCGCGGAGCAGAGGUGCGAGACCCACCCCGGUGCGUGUGAGGGCUUGCGUCCUGUCCCACUCUUCUCUCCUCCCGCUUGCCAUGGCGCUCCCCCGCGGAUGCCUCCCCCUCGUCGCGGUGUUUCUUGCGACCAUCUGCCGCGCCGAGGCGGCCGUGAGGGAGCUCAAGGUCGGGUACUACGCCGAGACGUGCCCCGGGGCCGAGGACAUCGUCCGGGAGACCAUCGCCCGCGCGCGCGCGCGCGAGGCCCGCAGCGUCGCCUCCGUCAUGCGCCUCCAGUUCCACGACUGCUUCGUCAACGGGUGCGACGGGUCGGUGCUGAUGGACGACACGCCGACGAUGCUCGGGGAGAAGGAGGCGCUGUCCAACAUCAACUCCCUGCGCUCGUUCGAGGUCAUCGACGAGGCCAAGGAGGCGCUGGAGGAGCACUGCCCUGGCGUCGUCUCCUGCGCCGACAUCGUCGUCGUGGCCGCCCGCGACGCCGUCGUACUGACCGGUGGGCCCAACUGGGAGGUGAGGCUUGGGCGUGAGGACAGCCUCACCGCGAGUCAGGAGGACUCGGAUAACAUCAUGCCGAGCCCGCGCGCCAACGCGAGCGCGCUGAUCCGCCUCUUCGCCAACCUCAACCUCACCGUCACUGAUCUCGUCGCGCUCUCCGGCUCACACUCCAUCGGCGAGGCCCGCUGCUUCUCCAUCGUCUUCCGCCUCUACAACCAGUCUGGCUCAGGGCGGCCCGACCCCAACAUGGAUGCCACCUACCGCAACGCGCUCGACACGCUCUGCCCGAGGGGCGGCGACGAGGAGGUCACGGGCGGCAUGGACGCCACCCCCGUCAUCUUCGACAACCAGUACUUCAAGGACCUCGUCGGCCUCCGCGGGUUCCUGAACUCUGACCAGACGCUCUUCUCUGAUAACGCCAGGACGCGGAGGGUCGUGAAGCAGUUUAGCGAGGACCAGGACGCCUUCUUCAGGGCCUUCGUCAAGGGGAUGAUCAAAAUGGGGGAGCUGCAGAACCCCGUGAAGGGGGAGAUACGGCAUAAUUGCCGUGUCGCCAACGGCUCACCCACGGAGGUGGUGGCGUCCCACGCCGUGGACUUGUGAGCUCCGAUAGGGGUUUCGGAUCACCUAGCUCCGAUAUGGUAGUAAUGUGUUGAAGCGACAGGGUUUUGGUCGCAUGGAAGUUUUGCACCUACCUAGGGCCGGCAAUGGCAUCAGAGCUAUUGUGCUCAUCGAUGAUUGGUGCGAAAUAAUUGAGAUAUUGAGCCUGCGAUAUAAAGGUAGACAAGACAAUUGUUGCA